AUGGAGGAGAAGCGUGUUUCCAUAACACCUCCAAACAAACCCAGGAGCGCCGCGUUCACCUCCAAUCUGUGCUGCUUUACCCUGGAAAUGCCCCAAACAUCUCACCUUAGCCGUACUAUGAAGGAUGAACCCACACACGUCCGAGAAACAUUCAAAUGCAAAGAUGUCAAAACCUCGAUUUAAAGUCCAGAAACAUGAAUCGCGUCACUCUAAAGAGAUUCACACAGAAACUGGAGAACUUGGCUGUCUCAGAUUACCAGGGCCUGCGCAGUCCUGGUUUGACCUGCUAUCUGAACAGCGUCCUGCAGGUGCUUUUCAUGACUGAAGAGUUUCGGGAAGCCGUGACAAGAGAUUACUGUGACAACCAGACGACCAUUGAUCCCCACCUGGGCGAGCUGUUCUCUGGUCUAGAAGUAGAAAUGGCCAAAACACACAACAUCGCAAAAAGACUGGGGAUCAGAGACGUUUACGAGCAACGUGACGCUGCUGAGUACUUUGAGAAGAUCCUCUGUCAGACCAGUCCAGAGGCGUCUAAGAUCUUCAGAGGCGAGCUGCAUCAUAAAACCACGUGCCUCAAGUGCUACCAGACGAGCCAGUCAAGCAACUUCUUCUGGGUCCUACCGCUGUCCAUGGGAGAUCCAAAGUCUAGAACCUUCUGUGUGCUGCAAGGUUUGAAGAAUUUCUUCAAGGCUCAGAGAGUCAGCGAGGACAACCAGAUCUUCUGCAGCCGUUGCAACAAAAAGCAGGACGCCGACACUGAAUACGAGAUGACGCACCGUCCAGAUGUUCUGACGCUGCUGCUGAAGAGGUUCUCCUUUGAUUAUCGGCGGGGCCGCUACGUCAAGCUGCACUGCAAAGCUGAUGUGGCCCAGGCGCUGGAAGUCCAGAGUCGCAGGUACGACCUCUACGCGGUGGUUCACCACUACGGCGAUCUGAUGGGAGGACAUUACGUCGCAGAGAUCAAAUCUUUUGAAACUGGAAGCUGGUACCGCUUCGAUGACAACACUGUCAGACGUGUCAACAAACCUUGUCCUGAAGAUGCAACUCAGGACUCAAGCUCAGAGACAGCGUAUCUCCUCAUGUACAAAAUGGCGAGAGGACGGGCCAAGAAGACUGAUGGAAGUGCUCCUUCGGAUGAAACGGGAGACGGGUGCAAUGAGGCAGAACCGAGAGAAGGUCUAGUUUCCGAACAUCUCCUGAAAACCGAAAGCCAAAGAGGAGCAGGCGUUCGGCAUUUAACCAACGAGCUGACGGGAGAGGAUGCGUCCAAGAAGAAACGUUCAGGCUCUAUCAGAAGAGGGAGGGGACCAUCGAACCAAAUCCCAGCGCAGGUGAUGCUACAGGGAGGCCCGUGGCUUCCAGCAGACACUGAUUCUAUGCAGCAAAUGAGCUUCAGCAACAGAGACACAUCCUCAUAUGAGACGUUUCAUCAAAGACCUGUCUCUGCUACUAACGGUAUAGGAGCAAACGCGCCCAGGGGAAGAACGAGCAAGAAUGCUACAAAGACCGUAACAAACAACCAUCUUUAUAAUCGCAGUCCUAUAAGAGGAAGAAAAGAGUCUGCAGAGGCUCCAGCUGUGGCAGCAAUACAAAAAAACGACCCGACCAAUGCUAAAACCUGGGGUGUGGACAACUAUAAUGCAAAGUCAACGCCUCUUUACUAUUCAGCCUCAUCCUCGACAAGAUCCUCACCGUCUUUCAGAACAGGAACUGGACCCAGUGUCCCAAAUCAUAAGGCAGCAGCAGAGCAAAGAUCUCUGAAAGUAAAAACACAGCGAGUCUAGGCAAGGAGACUGUCAAACCGUCCAAACCCAAAAUAAACAAAACGUGUUUAAAUAUGAA